GCCAAAAGAGGACCUCUAGUUAAUUGAUAGGUCCAGCUUAACAUGGCCUUUCUAUCAAAGCUAGAAAUGGCCUUCUAUAGAGUGUAGAUUUCCAUGCCAUGAAAUAAUCCAUCAAAAUAAAAUAUUUCCAGUCCUCUUCACCUCUCAACAUUUUCCAAAAUGGUAACCAUUCUCCAGCCACCAAGCUUCCACACACCUUCAAUAACUCUCCACCACUACCCUUCCAUCACUAGCAAAACAAGCAGGAAAAAAAGAGAGCUAAAAGAGAAACACAAACAAACACAGUUCCAAAAAAACCUUAACAAAAGAACCCUUUCUUUCCCAAAAUCUUGCCCAACUCCUCUCCUUAUUAACCACAGACCGCCUCCCCAAACCCAACUAGAAGCCUUAGAAAAUGUUAUCAAAGACCUACAGUCCUCCAUGGAAAAGGGCAUUAGAAUUGAUACUCAAAUUUUCUCUUCACUUUUAGAAACAUGUUACCGUUUAAAUGCUAUAGAGCUUGGUGUUAAGAUUCACAGGCUAAUACCCAUUAAUCUUUUACGUAGAAAUGUUGGCAUUUCGUCGAAAUUGGUGAGGUUGUACUCGUCAUGUGGGGAUGUUGAAUUAGCUCACCAGGUGUUUGAUGAAAUGUUUAAGAGAGGGGAGUCGGCGUUUCCAUGGAACUCACUUAUUGCAGGGUAUACUGAAUCGGGCCUGUAUGAGGACGCUAUGGCGCUUUACUUUCAAAUGGAAGAAGAGGGUGUUGAACCGGACCAGUUUACGUUCCCCCGGGUUCUGAAAGCUUGCGGGGGAAUUGGGUUGAUUCAUAUAGGCGAGGCGGUGCAUAGGGAUUUAGUUAGGUUGGGUUUUGCUAAUGAUGGGUUUGUGUUAAAUGCGCUUGUUGAUAUGUAUGCGAAAUGUGGUGACAUUGUUAAGGCUAGAAGGAUAUUUGAUAAGAUAGAUUGUAAGGACUCUAUUUCAUGGAAUUCUAUGCUUACGGGUUAUAUUCGUCAUGGGUUAAUAGCCGAGGCAUUACACACAUUGCAUAGCAUGAUUCAUGAUGGGAUGGAACUUGAUUCGGUGGCUGUUUCAACAAUCCUUGCCAAUGUAUCGUCUUUUGAGGUUGCAGUUCAAAUUCAUGGAUGGAUUGUUAGGAGGGGAAUGGAGUGGGAUUUGUCUAUUGCUAAUUCUUUGAUUUCUGUCUACUACUCAAAUGGCAGGAAGUUGGAUCGAGCACGUUGGUUGUUUGAUCACAUGCAAGAGAAGGAUAUUGUAUCAUGGAAUUCUAUAAUUUCUGCUCAUUGUAAAGAUCUCAAGGCAUUGACUUACUUUGAGUUGAUGGAGAGGGAUGGUGUUUUGCCAGAUAAAAUCACAUUUGUGUCAUUACUAUCAGCUUGCGCUCAUUUGGGUUUGGUGACGGACGGGGAGAGGUUAUUUUCACUGAUGAAAGCGAAAUACCAGAUAAAUCCUAUCAUGGAGCACUAUGCUUGUAUGGUGAAUCUUUAUGGAAGGGCAGGAUUAAUCAACGAGGCAUACGCCAUCAUUAGGGAUCAAAUGGAGUUCGAGGCUGGUCCAACUGUGUGGGGAGCGUUGUUGUAUUCUUGUUAUCUCCACCGUAAUGUAGAUACUGGAGAGAUUGCAGCUCAAUAUCUUUUUGACUUGGAGCCAGAUAAUGAACACAAUUUUGAACUCUUGAUGAAGAUUUACGGCAAUGCAGAUAGAUUGGAGGAUGCAGAAAGAGUAAGAAAAAUGAUGGUUGACAGGGGAUUGUAAUUGUAUACAUCAGUACAGAAUUUGUUUUGAUAUGAUCGCCAUCUCAAGGAGGAAAUAUUUUUGUGUUAGCCAAGUUGCUGUCAGAUGCGGCGUCGGCCGAGCUUCCUCUUUCUUUUGAUAGUCACGUAAAUUGAGGGCACAAGAUGAAGAAAUCCAUGGUCAAACCAGCUGUUUUACUUGUGUAGUUUGAGUAUAUAGGAAGCUUAUUGAAGUAUCAACAUUGCUAGAAGGCUAGCUGUUGCGGAAAGUAGAUAAAUGGAUUUGGUGGUGUAAAUUUCUCACUUGUAAAAAAAAAAAUGGUGCUGAAACAACUUCUUGUGAUUGUAAAUGUGUAACAUACGAUCAUCCGAGGUCAACCUCGAUCCUAUUUUUUUUCUUUA